UAUGUUGUGACUUCGUACAGGUAAAGACACCAUAUAAAUAUGGUGGCAGGGGAUUUCCUCAACAGUUUUUACUCGGUUAUUCGCGUGUCAACAUGAAAGUGUUAGUGGCAGUGUUUGUUCUGGUCGCUGUACUCAGUUUGAGUUAUGGGCAACCAGAUCGAUGCAAAGCUCCGAUAGACGAUCGUGUUUGUUUUGGAUUUCGCGGAUACUAUGCCUACGAUCUUCCCAAUAACAAAUGUAUAGAAUUACGCUUCGGCGGUUGUUACGAAGGACCGAACGAGUUCAAAUCUAAGGCAGAAUGUGAAAAUAUCUGUGUCAAAAAAUAAGACAAAAAAAGUAACAUCUUUUUUUUUGUCUAUAGAUUUAAUUUAUUUUUUGAAGUAAGAACUAAAAUUUGUGUAACAUAAUAUUCCAGACAAAUUAUCAUAUUGAAGACUAGGCAGCAUGGUCUCCGACCUUAGCCUGUUCCACAACGGAACAAAAGUACUAGAAAAAAAAA